AUGGCUAUAAAACAACAACAAAAAAGACAAAAAAGACAAUUAAUAAAAUGGAAUCUAAUUUCACCUGGUACAAAUUGGUGUGGCCCUAAUAAUAAAGCCCGAAAUUAUUCGGAUUUAGGCCAGGCAAAAUUAAUUGAUAUUUGUUGUCGUGAACAUGAUCAUUGUCCAAUUAUAAUUGAAUCUAAAAUGACUAAAUAUAAUAAUAUUUAUAAUAAUGAUUUUUUUACAUUAUUAUUAUGUCAAUGUGAUGAAUUUUUUUAUGAAUGUUUAAAUCAAUUACCAUCAUUAUAUUCAUAUUAUGAAUAUCUGAUUCGUAAUUUAUAUUUUAAAAGACCAUUAAUGAAAUGUAUUGAAACGAUUGAUUGUGUUGCUGAAUGGCAAAUGUAUAGACCAAUUGUUAUUGUAUCAGCUAAUAAACAAUGGAUAUGGAAAUUAGAUAAUUUUGAACAAUUAUUUAAUAAACCUUACGUUAUGUAA